GUGCCCCGCUGCCAACAUCCCGCCGGUCUCCCGCGUGCAGUGUGUUGUGGUGGAGCCAACAUGGCGGCUCCUUUGGAGGUGAUUGUGAGCAGUGACUCCGGCUCUCAGCUGUGGAACAGCACCGUGUUCGACCUGCACAGCGGCUCCAGCCUGUUGUCCUACCGGGGAGGGAACAGCUCCGCCCGGACACUCACCGUCCUCGGCGGCCAGUACCUGAUGUCCGCUCAGCUGGGCAAGAACUUCAUCAACGUGUGGGAGAUCCAGAGGAAGGACCAGCUGCAGCAGAAGAUCGUGUGUCCAGGUGUGGUCACCUGUCUGACUGCCUCACCUGAUGGUCUGUUCCUGGCUGCUGCUGUUGCUGAGGCUGUUUACCUGUGGGAGGUGUCCACAGGUAAACUGCUGUCUGUCCUCAGUCGUCACUAUCAGGACGUCACCUGUCUGAAGUUCACAGACGACGGCAGCCAUUUUGUUUCUGGAGGAAAAGACAACCUGGCUCUGGUGUGGAGUCUGUUCAGUGUGAUCCAGCUGGAUUUAAGCCACACCCCUGAACCGCGCCACGUCCUGUCCCGUCACUCUCUACCCAUCACAGACCUGCACUGCGGCAUGAUGGGAGCUCAGGCCAGAGUCGCCACGGCAUCCUUAGAUCAGACUGUGAAGGUGUGGGAGUUGUCUUCAGGUGAGCUGCUCCUCUCUGUCCUGUUUGAUGUGGAGAUCAUGUCUGUGACCUUUGACCCCUGCGAGUACUUCCUGUUCUGUGGAGGCAGUGACGGAAACAUUUUCCAGGUGUCUCUAUGUAGCCAAAAUCUCAGUCGGGACAAAUCCUUCCAGUCCGACAGCGACGGGAACCAGGUCUUCAAAGGGCACAGGAACCUGGUCACGUGUCUGUCGGUGUCAAUGGACGGGACUCUGCUACUUUCUGGUUCUCAUGAUGAGACGGUUCGACUGUGGGACGUCCAGAGCAAACAGAGCAUCCGCUGCCUGACACACAAAGGCCUCUUCACUUCAAACGGACUGUCAGGAGACGAUAAUCCCUCCUCUGGCUGGACAGACCGUCUUGUGGUCGUCCCCCACCCCCGUCACGUUUGCAGACUUUCUUCCUGCAGCUGGCGACGCCACUCACAAAGAACCAGAUUGUUAAAAGAAAACUUCAUCCUCCAUGACGGCAGUACGUUAAACCGAUCCGUCUCAGCUGCUUCUCAUCUGUCUGUGUGUCGGGAAAACACCAGAGGAUUACUUUAAAUCAACCUGAUUAUUACAGCGUCUCACGAUUAUGAUGAAAUAUCACUCAAUGUUGUUAUUACCAUUUAAAGCAAAACAAGAUCCAUUUAGUAGCUAGUAGCUAGUCAUCAUAUCAUGUGAUCAUCUUCAGGGGAACCUUUUGGACCUCAACUUCAAAAUCAUCUUCACACACACACACACACACACACACAAUAUGUAAACACAGUCUCUCCAGGAACAUAAAACACAGUAUUUUCAGUGAAUAUUGAUGGAUAUUGAACUUUUAUGUCAUAAAUUGAACAAAAAUAGAAACAUCAUUGGCUUUGUUGCCAAGCAAGCUAAUGUUAGCAGUAAUGUUAGCUUUGACUUUGGACUCUGUGUUGGACUCUGCGUUGUGGUGGGUAUCUGUCUUUUGUAGGCUUUAGUGGACUCCAUAGUUUAUUACAUCCCUGCUCACCAUUUUAACGGUAACAGUAGGUUCCAGUUUUUGUGAGGAGUCUCUUCUUUUCUGUUUCAUUACAAAUGGAUCUGAUUAUAAAGAGUUCAGUCUGUGAAAAGUGUCCCGGGAUAACUUCUGUUGUGAUCUGGAGCUAUACCAAUAAAAUUUACUGUAAAGAUGGACAUUUGAA